AUGGCGGAGAGCGAGAGUCGGCGAUAUGCUCUGGGAACUCAAUUAGAUAUUGAGCAGAUACUCUUAGAAGCACAGCAUCGAUGGCUACGUCCGGCUGAAAUCUGUGAAAUCCUUCAAAAUUACACAAAGUUUCGUAUUGCUCCAGAGCCGGCAAAUAGGCCUCCAAAUGGUUCUCUUUUUCUUUUUGAUCGAAAGGUGUUAAGGUACUUUAGAAAAGAUGGCCAUAACUGGAGGAAGAAAAAGGAUGGAAAAACGGUGAAAGAAGCUCAUGAAAGGCUCAAGGCAGGAAGUGUUGAUGUUUUGCAUUGCUACUAUGCCCAUGGAGAAGAUAAUGAAAAUUUUCAAAGGCGCAGCUAUUGGUUGCUUGAAGAGGAGCUCUCGCACAUAGUUCUUGUCCAUUACCGAGAAGUAAAGGGAAAUAGGACAAACUUUAACCGCAUUAGAGGUGCUGAAGAAGCUGUUCCAAAUUCCCAAGAAUCCGAAGAUGUACUCAACUCCGAGGUGGACAGUUCUGUGUCUUCAAAAUUUCACCCAUAUAAUUACCAAGUAACGUCACAAGUUACAGAUACUAAUAGCCUCAGCAGUGCCCAGGCCUCAGAAUAUGAAGAUGCUGAGUCAGCAUAUAAUCACCAAGCAAGUUCCAAAUUUGGCUCUUUUCUUGACUUACAACCGCCUGGGAUGGACAAAUUUGAUGGACUCUCCAUCCCGUAUUAUCCUGUGCCUAUCUCAAAUGAUUAUCGAGGAAAAUUUCCAGAUAUUUCUGAGACAGAUUUUGUCUCCCUUUCCCAAGGCGAUAAAGAUAAAAACAGUAUUGAUACUGGGUUGACAUAUGAGGACACGAAAUACCUUGACUCCACAUCAUGGGAGAAAGUGUGGGAAAAUAGUAGUGCUGGAUAUCAAUCUGUCCAUUUUCAGGCAUCACUUUCCUCUACCCAACCUGGUACCAUGGGUGGUAUACCUGGACAAGGAUAUGAGAUUAUGGGGAACAUUUACCCAGAUGGCUGUGGUACAAAGCAGGAGUUUGGGUGCCGUCCUUCUGGGCAAGAGGAGUGGCAGGUUAACCUGGUAAGUCAUUCCACAAUGAAGACCUGUGAAAUGCUAGAGAAGAAAAGAGGGCUGAGGAAGAAACUACUUCCAAAUAGAGAUGUAGGAGGAAGGGAGAGCUGUGAAAUGCCAGAGAAGAAAAGAGGGCUGAGGAAGGAACUACUUCCAAAUAGGAAUAAUGUCUCAGUAGACAGAAAAGCAUUCCACAUCCAAACACAACCCCUAACCUGUAGGAGCGUGGCUUACAAAAUUAGCAUAUGUACAUAACCACUUGUUUGAAAUUGUACUUGAGAGAUUAAAUAAGGUACAAAUUUUUCUGUGAGAUGUCUCAUUGAACCAUGGGAGGCAUCCAGAUGCUGACAUCAUGAAUAUAUGUUCUUCCUAAUUUCUGUUUUCACUGUGCUUGUUCCUGCUGAGGAUAAUGAUGUGGCACUGAUGUCACCACAGUUUCUUCAUUUUGAAUUCAACGUGAUACUUCAGUG